CGGCCAAAUGACCUUUGCCGAACAAUUGCUGCCGUGGAUCCCGGGUUAUUCCCCGGACCCCGGCCGCACCUCAGGCUGCUGCUGCCAACGAUAACUUUCUUUGUCCGGUCCCCCAUGUCCCGGCCACGGUACAUCAGUACACUCUGGCCGGCACACACCAGCGCCAUCUUGUCCGGCCCACAUCAGCGGGGCGGAACCUCAUCCCGACUGAUACCCGCCUGAAUCUACCGCCCAUCGAAGACAGCGCCUCAUGAACACGGAGAAGAAGUGGGUGACAGUCGGUGACACAUCACUGCGGAUAUUUAAAUGGGUACCAGUGACUGAUCCCAAAGAGGAUGUCCGAGCUCCCCGAAUGACUCAGUUGGAGAAACCAAAAUCAAAGGGCAAUCUUGAAUCAAAAGGGACAAAGGGAGAUAAAGGCUUCCCAUUGCAGCCUGUAUCUGACAACAGUUCCUCUCCUAUUCUUCUGGAGCUAAAUGAUGAGACUAGUAAUCAGAGUUCCCUGUCGGAUGCUUACCAGGUAAAAGUGGACAGCAGUACAAAUUCGAGCCCAAGCCCAGAGCAAAGUGAGCCUGUCAGCCCAACACUUCUGUCUGAUUUUAAAGCAGAUGACUCUCAGCCUCCCAUGCUUGGGCAGGAAAUAAUGGAAGAACCUUCCCUUCCUUCCUCAGAAGUAGGAGAUGAUCCCCCAAUGCUCACAAAAGAAGAACUGGUUCCAUUACAGCCUCAGGUUGUGGAAGAGGAGGAUGAUGAAUAUUCUGGUGCACCACCACUGAAGAGGGUUUGCACAGGACAGAAUGCUGUGACUCAGCCAGUAACUGAGAGCUAACCCAGAAUCAAAGCAGGCUUUCCCAUGGUACCCUCUGACUUACCAUCACUGACUGACUUAAAAGAAUGUGAUAUUUAUUUUCUACUUUUAAUGAAUUGUGAUGCAUCUGAUUUGGGUGUUUGAAUUUAAAAUGUUUCUUUAUUGCAGGAUGAUGUCCCUUUUGUUAUGCAACAGGAAUGGCUGUGGUCUGUGGCUCCAUUGGGCCUUCCUAGUUGAAGACACUUUUAUAUUGAUAGUGUCAAAAGUAGCACUAAUCUAAAGGAAGUGUCCUGCUCACCUCUUAACUGGGUCUAGCACCAGCCUUUUUCUGGGACAAGAGUACCCAUUGGAAGAAAUAAUGGGCCUCUGUAUUGACCCUCAACAGGGACUCACUGCAAAGUGGUACAGUACAAAAAGAUGGAUUGAAGAUCCCAGUCUCUGCUCUUCUGGAGUCUCAGCAUCAAUAUGAAAGUGCCUUGACACUGAAGUGCCUCGAUAUCUUCACCCAAUGUUUAAGUGAGCUGACUGAAGAGGAAUUUGUGUGCUGUCAAUUCUUGAUUUUAUACAUAAAUAUGCAGUCUUCAUCCUCGUUAUAUCCAUGAUAUAAAGUUAGACUCUCAUCUGUAUUCAAUGAAGUAAAAUUGAGUGCAAUUUCUAAUACAAAAGGGUAUUGAAAUUGUAUAUAAACUUUUUUGAAAAUCUAUAUUUCUCAUGAUUUUACAAAAUUUGCUUAUGAUGCAAAAAGCAUUAGAACAAGCUGGUAUGGUUACCUUUUGAUGUAUUAAUUUCCAUGACAUUGAAUCAAUUUUAAGUACCAUUAACCCAGACUUGCAUUUUUCUUCAGGGAGAGGCUACAGAUGAUUUUAGAAAAUUAUUUUCUUGAAAAGAGAAAUUGAUCUCCUAUAUGAUCGGGUCAAUGUUUAUGUCGCUACAUAUGCUGUGGUGCAUGAGAUAAUGUGUGGCAUACUAACGAGAGUUAUAACUUUUGCAUAUGGAUCGCUCAUGUGGAUUAGUAUGGCAAUUCAUUCCCUACAUAUUUGACCAGCUGUUAGUACUGAUUUGCCUACGCUUGCACAGCCAAGGUUGACUCAGUAAGGAGUUGCUACAUUAAAGAAGGAUUAGAAUCCUUAAUCACCCAUCAACCUUUCCUAUCAAUACUGAUCACAUCCUUCAAAUCAAUUUGUCAGCUAUCAUUUGCAGCUGAUUUUUAAAACAAACUGGUUCCUGAUUGAAACAAAAUUAGAUUGAAUCCUUGUUAGGUUUUAUAGCAGGCAAUACUGCUCCAUUAACAAGUUUAGAAAAAAACAUGAACAAACUAGCGGAUGUGUGGAGAUUUCGGAGACAUAGCCAUGGUUCCAGUGUAUUCUACGUAAGCAUAUCACAGCAUUUUGUAAUUUUAUUUUGAAGAUGUCACUGUUUACCAUCAGUCAUUAGUUGGGUUGUUGCCAAUACACAAGUAUUUUGCAGAAGCACAUUAGGCUCACAAUGUAGAAUGAUAACUUCCGUGUAUGUACCAGAGGAAUAUUUGCAUCCAUGAUCUAUCAUUGACCCCACAAGAGUCAGUGUCUGAAAUUGAGAAAGUUGGUAAAAUAAAACUUCAGACUAUAUUCAAUCCUAUAUGGUUUUCCCUCUAUAUUUUUUCUAAACAGCUUACUUAUUGAUUCUUUUAACACCAGAGUGAGAAUUUUUUUCCAUAAAAACAAAAAUGGCUAACAAUAUUCAAUAGGUCGGGCACCAUCUGUGGAGAAAGUUACUGAGAUACUGAAAGAUACAUUUUGGAUUACUGUCCAUCCUGAUGAAUGCCAAUUUUAUACCAUUAUCAUGAUUCAUAGCUCGCCACCUUCCUAAUGGAGGCAGCUUCUUUGCAUGGUGCUCUUGCCAAACUUUGCUCUUUUCUGACCUUGGGAAAUUACAUAAAAAUAAAUGGCCUCAUUGGAAUUUCCAAAACUUGUGCACGUAAACCUUGACGUGGUGCAUGCCGAUCACACAGUUAGCAGUGUUUGGUUGUUUAUUUUUAUUCUGGAAUGCUGUUGUACUCAUUUUUAAUUAUUUGUUUUGCAUCAACAUUCAGUCAACCCAUUUGCAAACAUCCUUGCAUCGUUCCAACUUGGAUAUGAUUUAUCAUCUUGAGAAAAGUGAAUUAUUUCCAUUUCUGCUGCUAAAUUAAACAUUGAGUGAGAUUAUCAUUUUAUUUUUGGUUAGUCAUUGAAAGUUUAAGUAACUCCCUAAGUAUCCAGAUGUCCAUCUAUUUUAUCUUUUAUAUUGCUUUAGUACUUUACUUCCCAGUUGCUUCGCUUUGGUGAUAAAGUUUCACCUGCCUUUGCAUCUUAUUCCUAACUUCCCUAUUUAAAAAAAAAACUUUAUGUCCUCUAUUUGUAGUGUGCUUGAUUGGUUCAUUUUACAUUCUUAUCUUUUAUAAAGUAUUAAAUAUUUUGUGUGAAAUGAAAAAUAUGGAUCUUUUAAUGUUUUUUUUGUGAUUGUCCCAUUGGAAUCUCAAUAUUACUUGCUGCUCUAAGUAGCAUAUCUUUUAACCAAUAGGUCAUCUUUCAGAAUCUAUGAAGAUGAAAGAUUUCCUAAUUACAAUAUAGACACUCAUUUUUCAUGGAAGUGAAGACAGGACAAUGUGAAAAAUGUUCAUAUUUUGUAUUUGCUGAUAAAUGCAUAGAUAUAUUUUUGAAUACAAUGAUAAAAUAGACAAAUCAAUUUGUAUUGAGUAUUUUUCUUUAGUUUGCUUCAGAAUGCAUGGAAAGUUGCGCAAAGGAGCAGAAACCAGACAGUGUUCCAGAGCAUUCAGAUUUUGUUCAUAAAAAUGUUUGAAGGGCAACAAUUGAUAUUGCGUAGAGCAUAAUGGGUCAUUCCUUGUUUGGUGACGCAAAUCUCACAAUUUGUAACUCAACAAUUUAGUUUGAGUAAUCUCAGAUACCACCUAAAAAUGAGGAAUUCUAAAUGUGUGUAUGAAUAGCCAUGAUCAUUAUUCAAGCAGAGGAACAUUGCUUAAAGUCUUUACAUGUGCAUAACCAUGAAUUAAUUCAGACUCUCCAGAUUCUUCAAUUGUUUAAAUGGGUUUCAAACAAAAAAACAUACCAUUCUUCAAUAGCUUUUCUGCAAAUUGUAUUUCUGAUGUUUUGUACCUCCUAGGUUUACCACACAAUGAAGACUCAUUUAAAUAAGUUCUCACACUUUGUGACAUUCCAAAGAAAUAUGAUUUGAAUGGCAUGUAUUAACUCUUGGGUGGAUCAUGGUAUGUAGACAACACUAGUACCAUAGAACACGAUGCACAUGUGAGACAUUAGAUUCCAUUGCACAGCCCAAAAUCUAAACAAUAGGUUUGCACUUGUUUGGUUUAAGAUAAUAUUUUUCAUUGUUUUUUGUUCCUUAAAAAAUUUGAAAAGGGUGGCACCAUUCUUGGCGAUCAAUACAGGCACAUAUGCAGAUUUAAAAAAGUAUUAUUGUAUUGAAGCCAUUUGCAUUGUUCGGGAAAGCACGCAUGAAAGUUCAAUUCUAAUAUUUACAUGGGCACUCCAGAAUGAGUUUUGCUCUUUUACUGCCUUUAUUGUGUAAAUGAUUGUAAAAUAAAAAUAUUGUCAGAAGCAUAUAACACGAAUCACUGGUAUGUGCUUAUUUGACGAAAUGUCAUUUGAAAAUGCAAACCGUAAUGUCAAAAAGUACUUCAUACCUCAAAGGUUAUGUGUUGCCUUUCAAAUUGUAAAACUCAAAUUAUUAGGGGAUUGUUAUUCAAAAUGCUUGUGAAAAUAAAGUGUUGAAAUGAAUUAAAAGAAA